GCCUUCCCGUGGGAAAGACAGUCCGUUUGAUCUCGAGGAGAGGAGAAUACAGGAAAGCGUGGGAGCAGAUAAAAGCGACAGUGGAGGUUGAGGGCUGAACUUUUCCCGCCACCGACAUAGUUGUGUUAGGCGCCAAUGUUGUUUGUGUGUGCUUCAACGCUGCUGUUCGUGACUGUUUGUGCGUCAGCAGCUGUUUGCGUUAACCUGAAGCGACUAUGGUCGCCACAAAGUCGUCAUUACUGCGAAACCAUUUACCAUUUCAUAUCAUUCAGGUAGCUUGGAGGUAUGAAAAUAAUUGUACUUUAAAGAGAUUACUAACCAGCAUGGAAGACGAAACAGGACGAUUGUGGUGGGAUGUUAGUAGCUUCUAUCAACCUCCACAAGAUUGUCCCUAUGCUGUGAUGCUCUUGAAUGAAGCUUUAGACCACAAGAACCAGAACUUCUUUAUGCACAUAUGGAGCAAAGCUUCUGUCAGAGUUUGUGUUGAUGGAGCCACCAACUGCUUCCACAAGUUUUCAAGAUAUGGUGAUACCCAGGUUAUGUCUGUCAAAGAGAAUGGUCAGUCCCCUAUGAACUGUGAUAGUAAUACCAAAGAGAAUGGGAAAUCAUCUGUGAAUUGUGAUAGUAAUGCAUAUGGUACUGAAAGCCUUCCUCUUCCUCAUAUCAUUUCUGGGGAUUUUGAUUCAGUUCACCCUGAUUUGUUGACACACUACAAAGAACUGGAUGUCAACAUCAUUCCAACUCCGAAUCAAGAGGAAACGGAUUUCACUAAGGCUGUUAGAGAACUGGCAAAGUAUAUCACAGCAAGGGAUAUACAGCUGAAACACAUUGUGGUGAUAGCUGCUGUUUGCAAUGAGCGAUUUGAUCAUGUUAUUGCAAAUCUUUCCACACUAUACAAGGUAGAGCAUGUUGUUCCUGUACCAGUGAUUGUUGUUAGUGGAGCCAGUUUGUUUUGGUUGUUAAGUGAAGGAGAUCACACCAUUCAGGUGUCACAGGAGAUUAUACUUAAUCCUCUUCGCUCCUGGUGUGGCCUUGUCCCUCUUGGCUAUCCAGCAACUGUCACUACAAAAGGAUUAAAGUGGAAUCUAGAUAACCAAAUUCUUGGUUUUGGUCACCUAGUAAGCACCUCAAAUACCUAUGACCCUACUCAUGAAGGCCAGGUGACUAUAACAACGUGCCAACCUCUUCUUUGGACUAUGGGUUGGGACAUUGAUCAAUUGUACCCAGUGGAAAAUUGUAUGGUUUCAAAAGCACUUCAAGAGUACAGCUCCCCUGGUGACUUAGUGCCUGCCAUGAAGGCAAAGUGUGAAAUUGUUUCAAACCAGUGAGGUCAGAUAGUCACCUUUGUGUUAUUUAUUUCAUACUUGAAAGAUCUUUUUGAUGUUUUGUGGAAAAUAUGUUAGUUUCAUUUGAUUUUGUUGUGCAACCUGGGUUAGCAUAUUUAACCUUUAUGAGGAGCAGGAGCAGGUUUUCCUAGUUCAGUAUAUAUUUUUUUUGAGUUUUUAGCUUAAAAAUAUAUAUUGAACUUGUCCUUUACAAAAUAUGGUGCUUCAGUUAUGAGUUUUUAUAUACAAAUGUAGUUAUUUAGGUUACAUCUUCUCUGUACCUACAUAUAUAGCUGCUAUGCAUUGAAGAAGAUAUGGAGGAAAUAUGUACAGUGACUUGCCUGUAUUGCACACAAUUUGUUUUGGUUAAUUUCUUUUUAUAAAUUUUUAACAUGCUUGCCUUUCAUGUAUAUCAACAACAAGAAUAAAUUAUCAUAUAUAUUUGUACUGACUGUACGAUGCACUUAAUAAAAACAAUAGCAGCUAAAGUUAUAGUCACCAUAAAAGUUAGUACAGUAUUUUUAGACGUAUAAAACAAAAAAACAAUAGCAGCUAAAGUUAUAGUCACCAUAAAAGUUGGUAUAGUAUUUUUAGACAUUCAAAACAUAGUUUGUGAUCUUGCGCACAUUUUGAUGAAUAGUACAGUAAGUACGGUACUUUGCUAGGUUUUGCAGUAUUGAACUUAAUAUUUACCCCAAUAUAAAGGUGGUUGUGAUUUAGGCUGUAUUAUCAAAAUAGGUGGUGAAUCAAUGUUUUUUGGGUUAGUUACUGUUUUUGCUCCCUGAACUUAACUAAUUCUCAAAUUGUUAAGCUUAGUGUUUUUUCACCUUGAAGCCAAGUUGUUAAGCUUUGUGUUAAAGGAUAAACUUUACUUAUUACUAUGUGCAAUAUAAACUUUAAUCUUAAUGCAGUACUUGCGAAGUGAAGCACUGAAAGUAUGUUGUGUUUCAUUUGUGCAUUUUAAACGAUAUCGUAAGGUUAAUCUCCUGUCAUGAAAAUAUGUUUUUUUUCCAAUACUGUAGUAGAUUAUGGCAAGUGUAAACUAACACAUGGAACAUUCAUACUGUAUUGUACUUCACACUUAUUUAUGUACUGUAUUGAGUCUGCUAAUUUAAACCUGAAGUGAUAUUAAACUGGGCAUUUGGUUAAUAGCCUAGAAAAAUCUCUUUUACACACUGGGAUAAAAUCCUUGCAAAAUAAAAAAUCUCAACAUUUCAGAUGAAAUCCAUUGAAAGAUGUUAUAAGAAUCCAUUGAUGAAUUCUUAAAUGGUGUUGUAUUUUAUAAUAUAACUUUUCCGUACCUCAUAAGGAGAUCUGUUUUGUAAAGAAUCUACAGAUGUUAAUUUUACAGAUGAUAUUAUGUAAAUUAUAUUGUAGCCAUUUGUAUAUAUUAUAGAUAGGAUUCCAGAGAAUAUAAAUUAUGAUUUGCUACAAGUAUUCGUGUAAUAUUUAUGAAGUUAAAUUUU